AGUCUUCUUCUAAAUCAUUAUCAUCUGUGUUAAAAAACAAAAAAACUACUGAUCUACUAAAAAAAAGAAAAAAAUGCAGACUCAUAGCUAAAGUAUGGCAUUAUUUUAAAAUAGAAGGAAAUUUCGCAGUAUGCCAAGUUGAAAUAACUCAAAAUGAAAAAACAAAAAAGUGUAAGCAAAAAUAUGACUAUACUAAUUCAAAUUUAAUAACAUCAAUGAAAAACUAA